UCUCUUGUUUUUAGUUAUAUUAUGAACCGGGAUAACAGAAAUUAGCGAAAAUAGGAGCGUCUCUCUUCUUCGUUUUUAUAUAAGAAAAUCUAUUAAUAUGACCCGAUCAUUGCCUUUAGAACCGUCUCCUCAAUUCCUAUCCAAUAAAAUGAUUGAUGAACAAGUACAAUCCGACCUCAGAUGGACACCAAAAUCGCCCAUUAUUGAAACGCCAAGAAGUCAAUUUAAUGGCUCGAGAAGUAUAGACAAAACAUCAGUUACCAUUAAACGCAAGUAUCGGCCUACCUAUAAGAAAAUGAUCGAGGAAGCUGUUUUCGAGAACUACGUGAAAAGAAAGGGCGCUUCGUUACAUACCAUAAAGAAAUUUAUUGAAAGGAAAUAUGACGUCGAUGUCAAAAAGUCAGCUAAAAAGAUUUGCAGAUGUAUCCGGGAGGCUACGGCUAAGGGCGGAUAUUUAAGACAGAUGACAGGGUCUGGGGCCAACGGUACAUUCGCUCUGGUUAGCGUUGUGCAAAAAAGGCUACAAAAAAAGAAGGAGCGAUCUUCCAGGGUAUACAAUUCGCGCUCCUUCAAAAAUGCAACUCUGGCAUCUUCGAAGCUGACUAAGAAGGAGGAGGAGCAGAAGCUUUCAAAAGCAGACAGCCGACAAACUAAGACCUCAGUAACACGGAUGAGGGUCUAAUAAACAAAAACAAUGCUUUAUAUGAGAUAAGAAAUAAUUGCGAAGCACCUUCAUAUCUUAGGAAACAGUGUCUAAGAAAAUUGAAUUUGGUGCAACAUAUUUUUGAAGCUAAUUCUUAUUCAUUAUUUGAUAUGUUUGAGUUAUCUUCAUUAAUUUUGUCUUUUCACAAAAGAAAUGAACCAGAUAACAUAUUUAAGUAUAUAUUUUUUUGGUUUAAAACAAAUUGUUAAUAGUUUCUUGUUAAGUUUAAUAAGUUUGAAUAUGUUAUUUAUCACUGAGAA